AUGAGUCAGUACGAGCGUGUCCGCCUAGCCAAAUAUCUCGCUACUGCUGUUCUUUACUACCAUGCCACACCUUGGCUCAACAGGGCAUGGCGAAGUGAAGAUAUUCAUUUUUUUAAUUAUCCUGAUCCUUCCAUUGAACAGCCACAGCAUAUCCCUGCAUAUAUGAUGAGCUCUGUCUCAACGGAAUACCUGCCUGCGUCCCCCGCCUACCAUCGCUUUAUUCGAAAUCCCGUUCUCUUCGGGCUCGGCGUGAUGUUCCUUGAACUCGCAUUUCAAGUUCCUCUCGCGGCCCUGGAACUGUCGAUCGACCUACAAGAAAGAGGGAAAUCAGACCUUGCUGAAUAUUCCACAGCCCGUCGGGUGGUAGAGUUUAGCCAUGGCAAGAUCAGCAAGAGCUUCAAAGAGGUCACCAAAAGAUGUCUAUACUGCGACUUUGGACAUGACGAUGACUUCCAUAGUCCUGCCCUUCAGCAGGCUUUUUACAACAAUGUCAUUACAGUCCUUGAUGAUCUGGAAAAGCGGUUCAGGGAACUCCAGCUUGACUAA